UCACUCCUCCGCUCUCAUAACAUCGGGUCUCACUCCCUCUUGACGGGCAUUUCCUCGCCAGUCCUUGAGACCCCGACAAACACAUGAGCUGCUAUUAAGCCGUCGUCAUGCUCUCACUAUUACCUUCUUUUCUCUGCUUGGCGGUCAUCGCCCUGCACCCUGUUGCCGCCAUAUGGCCAGCGCCGCAGAGCUUCACCAAAGGCAGCCAGGUCCUGUAUCUGCAUCAGAACAUCCGCAUUACAUAUAAUGGAGCAUUUGUACGCUGGUCUUCCUCUCGUGAGCAUGGUUGCCUUGCCGAGGAUCUGGAUACUGAAUAUUGGAUGUCCCAACAGGUCCCAUACACAUAUGGAUACUCACCGAGCAGCCUGACCAGCAAGGAGGUGGUCCAGGCGGCUGUGUCCAGGACUCUCGCGGGCAUUUUUAACAGCAAGUUCGUGCCGUGGCAGAUGCACAAGCCAGGGUCCAAGUUUGAGCCGGACCUCGCACAAGGCCAGAAAUGGCUGCAAACGCUCCAGAUUGUCCAGACAGGCGAGGACCAGCCCAGCGCAUUCAAGCCCCUGGCCGGCGAGGUCGACGAGUCGUACAACCUCACGGUGAGCGCCGAGGGAGACGUCCAGCUAACCGCCGUCUCGUCCAUCGGAGUGCUCCGCGGCCUCGAGACCUUCUCGCAGCUGUUCUACCAGCACUCGGCGGGCACCUUCUGGUACACGCCGUACGCCCCUGUUGCCAUCCAGGACGCGCCCAAGUUCCCCCACCGCGGCAUCAUGCUCGACACGGCCCGCCACUUCUUCCCCGUGGACGAUAUCCUGCGGACCAUCGACGCCAUGUCCUGGAACAAGAUGAACCGGCUGCACGUCCACGUGACGGACUCGCAGUCGUGGCCGCUUGUCAUUCCCGCCUUGCCCGAAGUCUCGGAGAAGGGCGCCCACCAUCCCUCCCUGACGUACUCGCCCCAGGACGUCCAGAGGAUACAAACCUACGGCGCUCAACGCGGCGUGGAGGUGUACUUCGAGAUCGACAUGCCCGGCCACAUUGGCGUAGUGUCCUUGUCGCACCCGGAGCUCAUCGUAGCCUACAACGAGCAGCCCUACUACUGGUGGUGCGCGCAGCCGCCGUGUGGCGCCUUCAAGCUGAACAACACGGGCGUCGACGCCUUCCUGAAGACGCUGUUCGACGACCUGCUCCCGCGCCUGGCCCCUUACUCGGCCUACUUCCACACGGGCGGUGACGAGCUAAACAAGAACGACUCGAUGCUGGACGAGGGCAUCCGCUCCAACGACUCGGCCGUGCUGCAGCCCCUGCUGCAGAAGUUCAUCGACACGCAGCACGCGCGCGUCAGGGCGGCCGGCCUGACGCCCAUGACGUGGGAGGAGAUUCCGCUCGACUGGAACGUCACCAUGGACAAGGAUACCGUGGUCCAGACGUGGCUGGGCGGCGAAUCGGUCAAGAAGGUCACCGAGCUGGGCCACAAGGUGAUUGACAGCAACUACAACUUCUGGUACCUCGACUGCGGCCGCGGACAAUGGCUCUCGUUUGACAACGGCGCAGCCUAUGUCAUUGGCUACCCCUUCAACGACUGGUGCAACCCGGUCAAGAACUGGAAGCUCAUCUACUCGCACGACCCGACGGCCGGGCUGACGGAGGAGCAGGCCAAGCUGGUGCUGGGCGGCGAGGUGGCCGUGUGGAGCGAGACCAUCGACCCGGCCAACCUGGACACGCUCGUGUGGCCGCGGGCCAGCGCCGCGGGCGAGGUGCUGUGGUCCGGACGGAUCGACCCGGCGACGGGCCAGAACCGCAGCCAGAUGGAGGCCACGCCCAGGCUCAACGAGUUCCGCGAGAGGAUGGUGCUCAACGGCGUGCGCGCCUCGCCCAUCCAGAUGAUGUUUUGCACCCAGGGCAGCCCCAAGGAGUGCGAGUAUCCUGCGUGAGGGGAGGGUUUUGUCUUGUUUUUAUUUCUCUUCGUUCAUUCAUCCUUUUUUUCCUCGGACGUUUUGGCAUGACAGCAUGAGAGUAUGAUCGGUUGGGCGGGAAGGAGUUAGAGGGGUCGGUUGGGAGCGGAGAUUUUGAUUAUGGACUUGGGGAGCCAUUGGAACGCUGAGUCGCUUGGAUUCUGGGCAGGUGAUUCUUGGAAACUCAAACUUUGCGAGAUAGCGAGCCAACUACCUUAAUAAGUUAUAAAGUCCAACAAGCCGGAAAUCAACUGGCGUGCGCCCUCCUUUCUGAAU